GUGACUCUUUCCUUCAUCUUUGCAGGGCUCUCUGCUGACAAUGUGCGUGGGGACAUGUGCUAGGAUCCUGGGGCCAUGCCUCUUGACCCUGGGCCUGCUUUCUGUUGUUGCCAACACUCUCCUGCUCUUUCCCAGUUGGGAAUGGCGUUAUCUACAGAUGGGUCACAUCACAAAGAAAGCUAUGCUGAUGCCAGGAGUGUGGGGAGGAGGCUUAUUGGUCUUCCCAGCCGCAGUUCAGAUCACAGUUAUCGGAUUCAGGGGAAAGAAUGUCUCCUGCACUUGGGGAACUUGCCAAAAGAUGUUUCUCUCCAUUGUAUUAUCAGGACUGGCCUUGCUGGGAUCAGCUGCUUGCUUUGUUUUGUCUGGUGUGGGCUUGACAGAGGGACCUCUCUGCUUUUAUAGCUCCACCACCCACAAUGGGACGCAGAUGACUCAGUGGGAUUAUCCAUUCCUUCAAACACACAGUCAGUCCUCAAACAUCAGGACUCGGAAUUAUUUGUAUGAUCCUCCCCUUUGGAACAAAGUGUGCAUCGAGCCACGUAAUAUUGUGAGCUGGAAUGUCUAUUUCUUCUCGGCUCUCUUAAUCAUCAGCACAGUGGAAAUGGUCCUUGCUGUUCUCCAGAUCAUCAAUGGCUUUUUUGGAUGUUUCUGUGGCUCAUGUGAAAAGAAAUAG